UUUUCUGGUAAUCAAUUUGUUUCUUUCGUCUAUCGCGAGUCCCUGAUUUUGCCAUGUCUGAGCAGGGUUAGUUUCUUAGAGCUCUCAGGGUUCCUUUCUUGGACGGUCCUCGAAGUUUGGGAGCUAUCUGAAGGUUCCCGACUGUGGCGCUGUGUAAUUGAGGUUCCAAUGUCGCUUACGUUCACCUGCGCUGGCAUGUACAGUAUUCAUAGCUAAAUUUUAUUGUGGCCCGCACCAGUCUGCGCGCUGUACAGCAUGGGAUACAAUUAGCGUUUGUUCUCUCUAACGAUUGUAGUAAUAAACGUCGUGUUAUUGAGUCGUAGCCCGUGUCUGGAAAAUCUGCUGUGUGCUGAUGCACCAAUUAGAAGUACUUGUGACGGGCCUUCGUAGCUGAAGACGAGCGAACAGCAAGCUGCUUGGGUUGUCUUGUAUCCUGUAGGAUUGCAUUCGUUAUUUUGGGACUUUCAGUUGCAGAAUAGCGUUGAUAUUGUCCCAACCUCUGUAUUUUAAGACAAGAUAGGCCCAGAUGGUUUCAGCACACAUAAACGAAGGCAUGGAGGUAUUGAAGUUGGAAAAGAAGCUUGAUUCUUCCCAAUCUCAAAAUGCCAUAGCAAUAUCUGCUGGGCAAAAGAACUACAGCUAUGGACACUUGCUACAAUCAGCGUUUCAGAUCUCAAAGAUGAUGCAUCAUGGGGAAGGCGUUAAAUCAACUAAAUCAAAUGGAACAGUCGUCGGUAGUGAGGAUUUGAUAAGAUUACGUGGGACGCGAGUGGGCAUUAUGGCGAAGCCGUCUGCGGAAUUCGUUGCCAGCAUGUGGGCAGUUUGGUUGAAUGGAGCCGUUGCAGUUCCUUUGGCUCUUAGCUAUCCCGAGGCGGAACUUGUCUACAUUUUAACUGACGCGGACGUUUCUGCUGUUGCGUCCACUGAAGAGUUUCGAGAUCAGUUGGAAGGAGUGGCUAAGAAGUGCUCUGCAGACUAUCUUGUUCUUCCAGAAGUGUCCUGUGUUGGAGAUACUUCCCAGCAGGAAAAUCUAACAUUCGAGGAUAUGUUAGCAGAAAUUGAUAAGGCCUCGUCCGAACUUGAAGGUGCUAACCCAGCUCUGAUUAUCUAUACAAGUGGAACUACUGGAAAACCAAAGGGUGUUGUUCAUACUCACGCCAGCAUAGGAGCUCAGGUCCGCAUGUUGGCAGAGGCUUGGGAGUACACUAAUUCGGAUCGAUUCCUUCAUUGCCUACCCUUGCAUCAUGUGCAUGGGGUUUUCAAUGCGUUGCUUGCACCACUUUUCGUGGGAGCCUCGGUGGAAUUCCUGCCCAAGUUCAGUGUUAGUGGAAUUUGGAAUCGAUGGAAAGAUUCAUAUCCGAGGGAAGGUGUGAGAGGUCAUCUUUCAACAACAGUUUUCACUGGGGUUCCAACUAUGUACACGCGGUUACUGCAAGGAUAUGAUGCGAUGGAUGCCGAUUCUCAGAAAGCAUGUUCUUACGCAGCCAGACAACUCCGCCUGAUGAUGUGUGGGUCAUCAGCACUACCAGAACCAAUCAUGGAAAAGUGGGAGAGAGUGACUGGCCAUCGCCUUCUGGAGAGAUAUGGGAUGACUGAGUUCGUUAUGGCCCUGUCCAACCCUUUGAAUGGGGAACGAAGGGCAGGUUUUGUAGGAAUGCCUCUUCCAGGGGUACAGAUGCUGAUUGCGGAAGAGGGACGCGAAGAGGCAGAUGUCGGAGAACUCUGCAUCAAAAGCCCUGCCAUGUUCCAAGAGUAUUGGCGAAAGCCAAAGGUGACUAGUGAAUCUUUCAGAGAGGAUGGCUACUUUAGAACGGGUGAUACCGUAACUGUUGUGGAUGGUUAUGUCAAGAUUCUGGGAAGGACUAGUGUUGACAUUGUUAAAUCUGGGGGCUACAAGCUGUCUGCUCUUGAGAUAGAGGCCGUUCUCCUGCAGCAUCCAGCUAUUUCGGAGUGUGCAGUCAUAGGUGUACCGGAUAAAACCUACGGUGAAGUAAUGACUGCAAUAGUGGUAAUUCAUGAAAAUGUGGCUGCUGAAGCAUCUGCAAAGUCAGAGCCAGCUCUAACCUUGGACGCUUUUACGCCUUGGGCACGAGAAAGAAUGGCCCCUUACAAGAUUCCAUCACAACUUUUAGUGUGGGACGCGUUGCCUCUUAAUGCCAUGGGAAAGGUGAACAAGAAGGAGUUGAAGGCUACUCUACUGAAGAACGCUGCUAAUUAGUUAAAAAUACUGCCGUGUUUGUGGAGUGGUACACAAACUAUGGUUUAUUCAUCAGAGCAAACUACAGCUGUCCACAUGUGUAGCAGUUUCUGUGUGAUUAUAGUAUGUUCGAAUUAUACUUGUUGACCAGGGUGGCAUUUAUCAGUAUUGUAAUUGAUUCACAUUAUCAUCCAAGGCCUUCAUUUAUAAAGACAGCAUCUUAAUUCGUUUCUUUCAAA